AUGAAGCCAGCAGAGAUCAGAUUCUCUCUACAGAGACCUCUACAGCACAGAGAUCCAGCCAUGGCACCUACAAUCACUGCAGCAAUGACCAAUUCUCAGGAGCAUCUCACUCUGACCCACAAGCUCAGAAAGCCUCUGGUGGAGAAGUUACGCAGAGAGCGAAUCAACAGCAGCAUCGAGCAGCUCAAGUCUCUCCUGGGUCCAGACUUCCUCAAACAGCAGCCAGACUCCAAGCUGGAGAAAGCAGACAUCCUGGAGAUGACAGUUUGUGUCCUGAGACGACUGCAGCAGCAGCAUCAACAGCAGAGAAGACUGCUGAACCACGUCAACAAGCUGCAGUCUUCCUCUGACAACAACCUGACAGAGGCUGACUUCUCUCCUCUGAGCUCCACAGUCCACACCAGCAUCACCAAAGACAAGAGUCCAGACAACAGCGCCCUCUGGAGGCCGUGGUAGACACCAACUCACUGGAGUUACUGCCACACAAACUCUCAUGACCACAUUGGUCAAAGAUUACUGGACUGAAUUCUUUAAAAUUUGAUGGACUUGUUCUUCUGUAUGUACAGAAGGCUGUAUUUUGUGUGUUUGUCUUUGUUCAAGAUGACAUUUCCUGAGGAAAUGACAGCAACAAUAUCUUUCAAGUUGAGAAAGAGAACAUCUUGUCAUGCAUGUUGCAUGAACAACAUCUGAUUGCAUCAGCAAUUAUCAUCAUCAUACCUCCCUAUUCAUGUGUUAGGUAGUAUAUGCUGUGAUAACAUUUUGAUCAUUUUGAUCAGAAAACUUUAACUGUCCUUUUUAUGGACAUAUUGUCACAAUGAACUUUAAUCUCUGAUUACUCAGAGAUAUGACACUUUAAUGAUUCACUUUACAACAAGUAUUUUUAAAAUCAAAAUACAAUGGUGAUGUCUUUAACCUCUUGAUUAGUAAUGAUCAUUUUGAUCAUAAACUUAAAUUGUCCUUUUUAUGGACAUAUUGUCAUGAUGAACUUUAAUCUCUGAUUACUUAAAACUGAUCUUUUAUAAGAUCCAAAUGUGUAUAUCUUUUUUUCUAAAGUUUUGCUUAAUGUCACGAUUUUCCUGUGGAACUUUUUGUCAUAUUGGACUUUCCUUCUCUGUAUCACUGUAUGUGAUUAUUGAAAAAUGAUCUGUUUUAAGAUCAACAUGUUUAUCUUUUUACUGUAAAAGGUUUGAUAUCACACUGUCACACUGUGACACUGUGAAAAUAUAAUUUUACAUUUUGAGAACCCAUUCAAUUGAAUAGUUAUUAGGAACGGUGUAAUCUGUUGUCAGUUUUUAUUAUCUUUUGUUUUGACAGUGUAGACUGUGUCCUCAAAUAUUGUAAAUCGUUUGUCUUUUAUAAAGACAGUUGUUCCUUUACUCUCUCUGAGUACAGUGUGUCUUGUAGAAAUCUACAAAUUGCUGUUGUGAUGUAUCAUCACCUCUAGAUGGCGCUUUCUCACUCUAUGUGGUUCAUUGUGCC